CAAAAAAUGAAAACAGGAAACGCAUGUGACUGCUGACAAAUCUUUCACUUCAGAGAGUUUCUUCGGAUAUUUUGAUGGUUUUUGAAGAAAGCCCUGGUACCCCGUCUCAUUGAAUUGAGCAGUCAUGGUAAGAAACAAUCUCGCAGCAUCAGUAAACUCUGACUUGAUUGAGACACUGGAAGAUGAUGAUGACGAUGGGGAGCUGGACGAGGUUUCCUUGAAUUCUGACUCUAGUCGGUCCAGAGAACCACAGCUUCACACAUGGCCGACCAUGAUAGGAGUGGUUCAGCUGUGUAAUGGUUUCAUCACAGCUAUUCUGGGUACCCUGGAGAUUUUUGUUAUCCCUCUGGUAGAGCAUCCUGAUGAUGCAGUACACCUCCAUCUAGGCAAGGACAACUGCUAUGGAGCAGGAGUACUGGCAGGAUUUUUUAUGAUAUUAACUGGUAGUACUGGCAUCAGAGCUUCCAUCAGUCGACGGCCCACCUCAGUAAGGAAGUUUUUCAACUUAACAUUGUUCACGUUAGUGCUAUAUAUGGUUAUUAUGGUGGUCCUUAUCCUCGGCUACGCCCUCGACUGGACCAAACACGACCAGUACAAGGAGGACAGUAGUUUAUACGAGAUUCACAUAUUCGUCACCAUCAGCACCAUACUCGGCUUCCUUUUCUGUAUAGCUGCCUUCAUUCAGUACUACGAGACUGUGUUCUUUGGAAACUUCCAGUUAUGUCGACGCUGGAUGUUGUGUUUGUGUCCAAGUCUAGCCGAGAGAUAUGAUGGGAGUUCAGAUUCAGAAAGUCUACUUUGGCCUUCUGGUGCCAAUUAGAUACCGAAGUCCAUCCCAGGAGGGACUCAUCAACGUUGAUUCCAGUAUGCCAGUCUGAAUGAGUGCGAGGAGCAACAAAAUAAGGGAGAAAGAAUAUCAUAUGUGUUGCAGGAAAAAUGCUUAUAACAACCAUCUGGUGACCAAUGGAAUUAGUGUAUUGCAGUAAAACACGUGUAUAACAAACCUCAGGGGACUAAGGAAAUUAGUUCUCAACUCCUUGGUGUUAUCGAGAGAAGAACCCCAGUGGAUCUUGGAAAUAAGAUCAUUACAGUAAAAACAUGGGUGUAAUAAACCCAAGGGGACCUAAGGAAUUAGUUUGGUGCAGGCAUAAUCUUAUGUUAUAGAGUUUGAUACUCAAGAACAAAUUCUUGCCAGAAGACUGAAAUACUAUUCCAUUAUAAACAACACUUCACAAGAUUUGCUCUCAUACUAUGCAUAUUGUACUGUAAUUUGAUGAACAAAAGCCAUGUGAGAUAGGAAGAAUGUGUUGUUUUACGAACAUGUGAAUGAAUUAUUCCAUUAAAAAUAUUGAGAGAGAGAGAGAGGAAUAUGAGGGAGAGAGAGAGGAAUAUGAGGGAAAGAGAGAGAGAGAGGAAUAUGAGGGAAUGAGAGAGAGAGAGAGAGGAAUAUGAGGGAAAGAACAAAGCAUUACAACAAUGUACAGUAUCAAAAUCCUGUCUAAAGGGAAGUAACUUAGCAUGCGUGUCAAUCAGUACAUUUGUGAUUGGCUCAACUUUAAAUUCUUUGCAUUUUAACUGUUUUCUUCGUUGGAUUUCCCUGAGGGUAAUUAUAAAUCAAUGAAAACACAAUUUUGCAUACUUAAAGAUAUGCUUCUGAAAAUUUACCUUCAAAUGUUUUCAUACAUUUGUGUUUAUUAGGUUUUCAGAUAUGACAAGUUAUUCAAAUUGUUUUUAUAAUCGAGUAAAUCCGGGCUAAUUGCAAAACAUUUGGUCAAUGAUGUAGACCAUAUUCUGUGUUGAGUUGUUACAUGUAUAAGUCAGCGCCCAGCUGCUCAAUGUUUGGUAAGCACUAAUGUAUGCAUCAAAAAUUUAAAAUUUAAUUUUUGAAAAUUUAAUAUAUAAAAAUUUACCAACAUUUGUGCGAGUUUCUUAACAGUUUUUGUUUGUGAGCAUUUUGAAUCUGAAGAUUCUGUUUAGUUUUGAAUUUCAAUGUUUAUUAAAGUAUACUCAAUGGUUUUAUUUUGCAUUUCAUUAUCAUGAAGCUAACCAGACUUUGAACAACUGGGGUAUUUCUUUGAAUAUGUGUGUAAUAAUCAGACAGUCUGUCUUUUCAUGAGAAGAACUGUUGUCUUGACUGUUUAUGUAGAGAUAAAGUAAGUCUAUCCAGCUAUGGAGAUCAAAUUUGAAAUUGUGUUCAGGGCAAGCCUUAUCCAAAGUGAAUGACAAAAUUUUAGAAAAUAUUUCUAUAUUGUAAAAAGGGAUGAGAGGGGGAGAGAAAGAAAGGAGAUAAUGAACGAGAAAGAAAAGAGUUUGAAAAAAAUGAUAAAUUGAUGUGUUUCUGUGAAAUUUUAUUUGUUGAUACAAAAUAUCCAUAUUUAUUUAUCUGAGGGCUACAGAGGCUGGAAAGGAACUGUUGAACAAAGCUCACGAUUAUUUCCAGAAUUUCUAUAUUUUACCAAAUGUCAGAAAAUACUUUGAAGAUUCUUUGGAAAAUAAUCAUUGAUUCAAAAAUACAACAAAUAAUAUGCACACAGUAUUUUUUAGCAUCUUUCAUUUUCCUUAACAAAUGUUGUCUACAAACUAUAUGUUGUAUUUAUCAUUAGUUACUUCUCUUUGAAAAUGCAGUAGGUAAAGUAAUUUGAGAAAAAAAUCCAUAUUUUUCCUUACAUUUUGUUAAAUUUCAUCUAAGUUAGUAAAAAAUGUAGUCAGAAAAGUUAAAUGAAAACAAGUAAAAAGGAAAAAGAAAUUUUAAAAUAAUUACAAUGUGUAACAGAGGUCGUUAACAUUUGAAUGCCUCUGUUAGGGUUUAAACCCAGCACCUCUGGUUUAUCAGUCUGACACUCUACUGAAUGAGCUACCUAGCUGAUCACAAGUAGGAAUAAGCUAGUAUUUUGGGUGACACGUGUAAAUGUUGUAAAAUGAGCUUUGUUCAAAUAAUUCUUAAACGUCUCCGUGUUUGGUGCAGUGACUUUAUUUGUAUGUGUUGAUGUAUUUGUAUAUUUCAUAUUUUGUUUUGUUUAAAUUGGAGUACCUUGAAAACCUUCAGUAGCCAUUAAAAUACCACGACAGGGAUGUUGACUCAUUCACCCCUUAAGUUUCAUGAUGAACUAUUCCAACCUUUGAAUUGGAAGAGUUGAAUUGUGUCUUCAGGGGUGAUUAAGUAUGUUCUGACAUUGUCUCUUAUGGUGUAUAAAAAAUAGUGGAUGCAAAACUUUUACCUCAAAGUACUUGAAAUAGGUCAUCAAGCUUUGAGUAGGUAAAAAAACCAUUUAUGGUUCAUUAGAUAUACACACAUUUCAUUUGAGCAACCUGUCAACACUUAGAUUAUUACUUCAUUAUAUUUCAAGUUGUGUUAAUUGUCCCCUCAAUAACCAAUUUUGUUAUAACCCGUUUACACCUAUGUAACUUUAGUAGACUCUACCAUGCAUUGGUCUAGAUGAGUCCAUUAUGGUCUACAGUGGUGAAAGGGUUAAUUGACUCAUCUACCCCCACCAUAUAAUUUACACCAGCAAAUUCACUUUCUGUUGGUCAAACAAAACAUCAUUCAUCAGUUGAAAAAUGUCAAUUUUAUUUAUGUUAUCAUCCUUCAUUUUACAGUGAAUUUUAAACAUGUUUAUGCAACACAAGAAAAAUUGUAUAGCAGGAUACAAAUGCUUGAAGGAAUUAUUUGAUCAAAAUUUAAUUCACAAUUAGUUGAAAAUAUUAUGAAACACUGUCCAAUUUUAUCGUAGCAGUUGUAAAGGUGACACAUCAUUUAUGUAAUAUUUAUAUUUCAAAUUUGUUCAUUGAACUUGGUAAAAAGACUGAGUUAGCCCUUCGUCAAAUGUGGUGGCAGUCGCAAAUUUGGAGAUACACAACUAUUUCAACGACCGUUUGGGAUAUUUUCGUCAAACAUGGUCGCUAAAAUUUAUCAAAUGUGGUUGUUUAACGUAAUUUUGGGGUCAGUUUUGGGUGGACGCUGGUAGCUUAAUACAGGUAAAUUACAUAGUAAAAACGGUCGGGUAGAAUGAAAAGUGGUCGCAAAAAACAGAUGGUCGUUUAAUACAGAUGGUCGCUUGAGCAGAUUCGAUUGCACUGUAAAUAUACAUGUUUUAAGUGGUAUCCUUAUUUUAGUGGUCUUUGGCUUUAAAUAUUACACUAAAUUAUGAUUGCACUAAUUAAAGUAUGUAUAUCGUUUUCUAAUACAUAUACUUUGGGUGCAUCAGGUCAUCAAUGUGCUAAUAAGUGAAAGUUGAUAAUGAAUUAAAAUUUGAGUGUGCUAAAUUAAGGAUGUAUUCCGUCUUUUCAUAUUGCAGAGUUAUGUGCUCUUGAUAGCAGGUAUUGAGUGUUAGGUCAUUUGUUUGUGAGAGAAACAUCAUCAUUUUUUAAGAAAACAACGUAAUUUUCUCACACAAACUAAUGACGUAACAAUCAAUACCUGCUCACAAGAGCAGAUAACUCUGCAAUACGAAAAGACGGAAUACAGUAUGAUAGAAUAACACACUUAGUCGUCAGUCCUGUGAUGUAGCGAUCUGAUGUUGUUGAAAAUGCGUAAAGGUUGUAAACGUUCAAUCAAAACAGGAGGCAAUAUUUUGUACUGACACACAUGCAUUGUGAAUUUAUCCGUUUUUCAUUUGUAUACCUUUUUUCAGUCUGUUCAAUGUAGUUUGAAUAACGAUUAUAUCAAUUAUACAAUGUACCAUAAUACUCUAAGCACGUUUAUGAUCGUAAUGUAAGUAAUCGACGAUCUGAUUGAAAUACAAAUCUUCUUUAUACACGAGGUCACUACGAAUUGAUAUGCCUUGGGUGUUAAAUUAACAUCUGUAUUUCAAUCAGAUUGAGUAUGAUUGAUUGAAGUGUCGGAAACAAUACGUUGAGCUUGUGUAUGAUUGUAAUGUCAAAAACAAAAGAUAUUACAGGUACGUAGUGUCAGAAACACAAUGUCUUACACACGUGUUUAAUUAUUUUGUCAGAAACGUAUUACCGAUUUUCAGCCUCAAAAAGUACCUGCGCAAAUUACACAGGUGCACAAAUUACAUGGGUUUUUACGGUAUAUUACACAUGUGUAUGAGAGUAAUUUCAGAAACACAAGAAGUGUAAUAUCGGAAGCAAUACCUGACACUUGAUUGUUUUGUCAGAUUCACAUACUAUAAUGCCCAGGUGUGUGAAUUGAAUGGCAGAAUUAAACACUGUAUUAUACAUGUAUCUGAACUCAUAUGUCAGGAACACAAUAUGAUACACCUGUGUAUGAUUUCAAUGUAAGAAACACACUGUGAUACACCUGUGUAUGAUUUCAAUGUAAGAAACACAGUAUCACACUAGUUUAUUUUUGUGAUGUCAGAAACAUACAAUAUAACAUAUAUGUACAUGAUUGUAAUGAAAGAAACAAUGUAUCGCACAUUAUCGAUUGCAAUGUCAGACACAUGGUUAUGAUUUAUACCUUAUGAAGUUAGUUUAUUCUCAAAUGUAUUCUACAAGUUUUAGUGAAUAUAUUUAAUUUCAUUCGAAAAUAGGCUCUCGAGUUGGAUACAAAUUAUGAUUUAUUUUUCACCAGUUAGAAAUUUGGUUUAUCCUGUAACUCAUUAACUCAUGUAUCACAAUAAACCCACCUUAUCUCAGCGUCAAUGACUUAGGAGAGAAAAAUCAUGUAAGAUAUCAUGCUGUGAGGCUGGCAUUGCAGAUUAUUCUAAAAUUGUUAACUGAAUUGAGUUGUUUGGAACUGAUUAGCUUAACUUCAGCCGUUAGCGCAAAUUUUAAAUAUCUAAUUAAAAAAAAAGUGAUUGGAAAUGAUCUUUUAUAUUCCUAGUACAGUGUACAUACAUUUUUUGUUUUGAAUUUCAAUUCUAUUAAAAAUUAAAAUUCUGCAUUACGCUGCCAGUAAGAUUACCAUGUUAAGUUUAAAACUGGACCCAGACUAUUUGAAAUAAAAAUUUAAAUAUAGGGCUUACAUUUUUGUUUUUGAUUCAUCUAUUGUUUCAUGAUUUGUUAAAAGAAAUUGCUAAUUCUUCGGUCUGGAGAAGAGAAGGAAAAACAGGUGUCAGUAUCCAAUUAAUGUUAAAACAGUUCUAAGUGUAGAUUUGCAAGGUUCCCGUUUUGGUUACGUUUUUCAUAUUAAAUAAAAAUGUAUGCCACUGAUUAUUACAAGAAUAGUACUCUUUUUGUUUAUUUGAAAUUUUUGAAAACAUCGAUUCUAUUUUAAAUAUAGAUGGUAAAAUGAACUUGAGUAUAUUUAUGUGUUGCCGUGCUUAUUUCAAGAGAAUCCCAAAUGGACAAACUAAUAAAAAAAAUAAUUAUGGAUAACAUAGACUUGUUAAAAGAGACAAAUCUAUGUAUGUUUAAUGAGAUAAAAGCUGCAUGAACUGAACAUUAUUUAUUGAAUUGGCUUCAAAUCAUCAGUGAAGAUAGGAUCUUUUCAUGAUUUAAAAGUCACCAUUUCCAAAAUCUUGAAUGUUACUUUUCAUUUUCAUUACCGGUAUACAAUUAUUAAUUCCUUUCAUAAUUAAAUCAUUAGUGUAUUAAAGGUUGGUAAAACAAGAUCAUCACAGCUAACAGAUUGAUGUAGGAACUACAUGUCUCGUGCGUGACUUGCUACAUGUCUCGUGCGUGUCUCGUGCGUGACUUACUACAUGUCUCGUGUGUGACUUGCUACAUGUCUCGUUCGUGUCUCGUGCUUGACUUACUACAUGUCUCGUGUGUGACUUACUACAUGUCUCGUGUGUGACUUACUACAUGUCUCGUGUGCGACUUACUACAUGUCUCGUGCGUGACUUACUACAUGUCUCGUGUGUGACUUACUACAUGUCUCGUGUGUGACUUACUACAUGUCUCGUGCGUGACUUACUACAUGUCUCGUGCGUGACUUGCUACAUGUCUCGUUCGUGUCUCGUGCGUGACUUACUACAUGUCUCGUGCGUGACUUACUACAUGUCUUGUGCGUGACUUACUACAUGUCUCGUGCGUGACUUACUACAUGUCUCGUGCAUGAUUUACUACAUGUCUUGUGCGUGACUUACUACAUGUCUCGUGCGUGACUCGCUACAUGUCUCGUGCGUGACUUACUACAUGUCUCGUGCGUGACUUACUACAUGGCUCGUGCAUGACUUUUGUCGGAAAUAAUUGGGGAAAUAUUAUGUUAUUUACAUUUCGUCUCUUGCUUUCUAGCUUUUCUAUAAUUAUUUAGAAGAAUUACUUUCACCAAGUUUUGGCAUUAUUGGAAAUAUAGUACAGAAUGUCUGAACUGUUCUCAAUUACAAAUGUACCACCAAUACCAAAUACCUUUUGUUUUAUUAUUAGUAGCUUUUCUCCUAGUCAAACUUUUAUUUUUUUAAAUAUUCUGGCUAUUUAUGCAGUUUAACGGUGUUAUAUAUCUAUUUACACGUACCCGUGUUUAUACCUCUCGUACUGUAUUUGGUAAGGUAAAUUCUAACACCUAUUUCGAGGAAGACUUACCCUGUUUCUACAUAUGUAAAUGCCACGGCCAGUACAAUUUGAAACAAAUUAAUGCUAUAAUAUAUUUUUAAUGAUUCAUUUUAGAAUAUAGGUCACCCGAUAUAUUGUUCUCACAUCAUGCACGUAUUUAAUUCAUUACAACAAGAAAUACUUUGAGAUAAUUAUAUACAAGAUGCUAUAUCUCACCUACAAUAUGCAGUGGAACACCUUUUUAAGAAAAGAAAGACAAUAUUUAUUCUUGCCUGUAUAAUAUAUUCAAUGUAAUAUCUUAUAACAACUGAUUUGGUUCAGUUAGGAAAAUAAAUUUUCAAUUCACAAAACGUCAGUAACUGCCGUAUUCAGAAUAAACGACUACCUACUUUCUGGCACUAUUCCUCAGUGAUAUCAUUUCCUGAAGAGCUAUGCCUUGCUUUAUGAAGAGGUAAAGUGCUGGAACCAGUAGGAGAAGGUACUAUAUAUAUAUCUCCCUGGAUAACACUGUAAUAGAACAGCCUCCUAUGAGAGGUGGCAUAAUAGAAUAGUGGUGUAUUGGAUAAUUCCUCACAGUGUAACAAAUGUAUAGACAUGUACACUGCUCUUUUUCGGGUUCUGACCAUUCCAAUUUUUUUGUUAGUUUUCAUCCACUAAAUAACACAUAUUUAAGAUAAAAUAGAUUUAACAUAGUCACCUUUGUAAUUUAAUUGAAGAGUCUCAAUGUGACUUCAGGGGUCAAUGGAUUAAUAGCAUUUAAAAAUGAAAGAGAUGGGUUGUUAAUGUUUCUAUUAUGAUUUAGAUAAAUGUUUAUGUUAUAUAAACGAAAUGUUUGUAUUAUCAUAUAGACGUUUCUAUUAUGAUUUUAACGAAACUUAAAUAGUUCAUUAUUUAUGUUACAGGAUUAAAAUGAUAACCAUCAAAUAAUAAUAAACCUAAAAUAUGAAUAAAUGUGUGCUAAUUAAGCUAAAGGCAGUUGAUAUUGAUUGAUACCGAUCGUGUUGUUAAUGCUAAUUUUUAUGACUGAUAUAAGUGCUUUCUGUAUGGGUGGUGUAACACUCCUCAUAGAUGCUUGAUAUGUAUACCGAUGCUCUUUCCUUUCUUUAAUCAUGUCAAUUAAAUAUGAAGAAUAAAAUUGAAUUUUG